AUGAUUCGGAUGAGCGGGCGAAUGUCGAACAACUGGACAUUUGUCGCCUGUAAAGCGCACGGAACACGCUCGGAAGGCGACGGGAAACGUCGGCGCGAGAAUGUGACGGCUGCCGCUCAGCAGCGACGGUUACGGUUGUAA